AUGGGUGCAGACUACCACGCAUUCCCGGAAGGUGAAGAGUACCUGUCCACGCAGGCCAGCAUGAACGGCUUCAAUCGCCGCCUCCGGAGAGCCAUCAAGAUUCUGGCCGUGCUCGCCGUCGUCACCGUCAUGACUUUCCUCGGCGUCGCUUACAUGGCCGUGCAGCUGGGCAAGGAGCGCGAAUACCAGGCCUACCUGGAGGCGCAGCUUCAGGCGCAGCACGACGACCCCAGCGGCAAGACACUGUCCAAGCGGUUCCCGUUCUGGUUCCUCGGCGCCGCGCUGUGGACGGGCAACCAAGUCUUCGCCUUCUACAGCCUGGCGACCAGCUGCAAGGAGUUCACCAGCAGCGCCGGCAACGCAGCGACCUGCGUCUGGGGCGCCAUCUCGACGGCCGCCACCUUCAUCGGCGUGGCCAAGCACGGCGCCUCGACGGUCAAGAUCAUCCACGACCGUCUGGCGCAGAACGGCAUCUCCAUCGGCGGCUGGAAGCGCGACGACGCCGUUCUCGAGGCCGAGGAGACGCUCAGCCGGCUCUUCAACAUGCCCGUCGCGCUGGACGGCUUCAUGCCGCACCACCACCCCAAGCUGGCGCGCCUCGCGCUCACCGAGGGCACCCUCUGGCCCGUCUUCCACAUGUACAACCACCACAACUCGAGCCUGCACUUUACGCUCACGGCCCACGAGGCGGACCACUCGGUCAUGUCGCUCGGCUUCGGCCACAAGAGCAACGAGCACCCCGCGGCGGGCCUCGCGAGGCGCGAGAAGUACAACGACGAGUACUUCUCCAACGGCGGCAUCGACUACACCGAUUGCUUCAACGAUCAGCAGGAUGUCGACCUGCUGAACAAGGACGGGGACUAUCAGCAGAUGGACCGCGACGUGCAGUGCUACUUUCCGGACUUGAGCAAUACCUGGGGUGCGGAGAUUCAGAUUUACGAUUCCAAGAUUCGAGGCACGAUUGGCUCUGGCUCCAUCGCUGCCUUCCGCGGCAGUGAUCAUGCGAGCAGCAUCAGCGCCAUGCCGGGCUGCCCGUCUGGUCUCAAGUCGACUGAUAAAUGCAAGAAGGCGUAG